AUUGGUGUAAGCGUAGAGCAAUCACAGAAGUUAUAUCAAACUUGGGCUGCCAGUUACAACAAGGAUUGUGAAAUAUUAGGUUAUAGCGGACCAGCAAGGGUUGCUCAAAGGGUUGCAGAUCUAUUUCCGGUGGAUGUGCGAAACGAUGUUAACAUUCUUGAUGUUGGUGCAGGCACGGGCCUAGUUGCUAUUGAGCUGAAGAAAUUAGGAUUCAAGAAACUAGAUGCUCUUGAACCAAGUGAACCAAUGUUGUUAGAAGCGAAAAAAGAUAAUCUUUACAAUAAUUAUUGGCAGGAAUUUCUAACAGAGUCACCGACAACAUUGUCUGCUGAUACAUAUGACGUCAUAACCGGAUGUGGUAUGUAUGGAGAUGGUGCUCACGUUCCAUGUGAGGCUUUGUACGAGAUGUUAAGGCUUGUUAAACCAGGUGGCUAUAUUAUUCUUGCAACACGUCAUGAACUUGUUCAAAAUAACGAGAUCUAUAAAAAUUUAGAGCCAUUGAUGGAUAAACUCGAAACUAACCGGAAAUGGAAGAAAAUGUCACGUGAUGUGUUUCCUGGAUUUAAUCUAAAGAAGGAUGGAAUUAUUUGGUGUUACCAAGUGUUAGACAAAUGAAUUUACUGAUAUAUAUUUAGAUAUAAACACAAACAUAAAAUUUUGUAAUUUUAAAGUGAUUUUAAAUUUGAAAUUAUAAUGUCCUGAUUCCGA